AGUAGGCCCAGUGCGUGCUGUCCUGGGGUAGCAGGGGGCGCAGAAGCUUGGGCUGCAGAAAAACGAUACUGUUUGCUGUGUAAUCCUGAGAAUGGGCUGCAAGAGAGGAAAAACUGGGUGUCUGCUUGGGAAUCUCUUGCGGAAACCCAGGGUGUUUCCAGACCAGUCCCUGGGCGCCAACUAGAGUAUGGACUGACCAGGUACCUGGAUGGAGACCUGAGCUGGAGAAGGAGAUGCGCUUGGUAGGAAAUUGCAGAGGCCGUCAACAUGGAAAAGCAGCCCCAGAACAAGAGGAGAGGCCUCGCCCCCCGAGAGGUGCCACCAGCCGUUGGGCUGCUGCUGAUCAUGGCCCUGAUGAAUACUCUGCUCUACCUCUGCCUUGACCACUUCUUCAUUGCUCCUCGACAAUCCAUUGUGGACCCCAGACACUGUCCCUAUGGUCACUUCAGGAUAGGACAGAUGAAAAACUGCUCACCUUGGCUGUCCUGUGAGGAGCUGAGAACAGAAGUGAGACAGCUAAAGCGUGUCGGGGAAGGAGCUGUGAAGAGAGUCUUUCUGUCUGAGUGGAAGGAGCACAAAGUUGCUCUCUCACGACUUACCAGCCUGGAGAUGAAAGAUGAUUUCCUCCAUGGACUGCAGAUGCUGAAAUCUCUACAAGGCGCACAUGUUGUCACGCUGCUUGGCUAUUGUGAGGAUGACAACACUAUUCUUACUGAAUAUCACCCUCUAGGUUCCUUGAGUAACCUGGAAGAAACACUAAACCUUUCAAAGUACCAAAAUGUGAACACGUGGCAGCACAGGCUGCAGCUGGCCAUGGACUAUGUCAGCAUCAUUAAUUACCUGCACCACAGCCCCAUGGGCACACGGGUGAUGUGUGACUCCAAUGACCUGCCCAAGACACUGUCUCAGUAUCUGCUGACAAGCAACUUCAGCAUUUUGGCAAAUGACUUGGAUGCCUUACCCCUGGUGAACCACAGCUCCGGGACACUGGUGAAGUGCGGCCACAGGGAGCUGCAUGGGGAUUUUGUGGCUCCAGAGCAACUGUGGCCCUACGGAGAGGACAUGCCUUUCCGUGAUAAUCUCAUGCCCUCAUAUGACGAGAAGAUUGACAUUUGGAAGAUCCCAGACAUCUCCAGUUUCCUUCUGGGGCACAUUGAAGGGAGUGAUAUGGUCCGAUUCCAUUUGUUUGAUAUUCACAAAGCAUGCAAGAGCCAGACUCCCUCAGAAAGACCCACUGCCCAGGACGUUCUGGAGACCUACCAGAAGGUCUUGGAUACACUUAGAGAUGCUGUGAUGUCUCAGGCAAGAGAGAUGCUGUGAAAACCAGUCCAGCCAAUGAAGGUGGGAUUGAAGGGCUGAAUGGAAGUUAUAGCAUUCUACUCUGA